AUGGUAACAAGUACAUGUGGAAGUGGAAAAGUUAAAAUGUGUGGCAGUGACUUAUGGUCUCUUCAGUUUCGUGACUUUCCCAACAGCCCAAAGCUACUGGCCACAGCUCUAGGGUAUUGGGUUGUAGUAACAGUGAUUGUUGCACUAUUAUACCAGAAUGUUUCUGUUUACUGGAAUGAUUUCUGGACCAAACUUGUACUCAUCCCACCCCCAGCGGUGCCAUGGGAAGACCGUCCAAUCAGGCUGACCGUCAGGCCUGGGGGCAGGCAUUCAAAAUCUCGCGGGCUUUCGCUGGAGUCGGCCAUCUUGCGCUUGGUCCCUGCGUCAGAGGCGGGAGUUGCUGGGCGUCCGUGGGCUUGUGUCCUGAGGCAGGAGACCCGCACAGCUCGCGCCCGCUACCCAGGAAGCCUGGAGAUGGAUGUGAUCACAUUCAGAGACAUCAGUAUUGAUUUCUCUCCAGAGGAGUGGGAGUGUCUGGAUUCUGCUCAGCGGAAUUUAUAUAGGGAUGUGAUGAUAGAAAACUACAGAAACCUGGUCUCCAUAGCUGUGUCUUCUCAUUAUACCCAAGGCUUGUCAUCAAAGCAGAAGAUUAAGCAUUCAUUCCCCAAAGUGAUAAGUCAUCAUGGAAAUUGUGACCUUAACAGUUUACACUUACAGAAAGAAUCAGAAAGUAUGGUUGAGAGGGAAGGUCAGAAAGCAUAUUCUGGUUCACAUAACGAAUUUGCAAUGACUAACAGUAGUCACAAUAUUUCUGUCAGUAGAGAUCCAAAAGUGAAAACAUCUCAGAAAACCCCUCAAAUUAUGCCAAUAACUUUUGAAGAUCAAACUCUUUCUGUAAAUAAAAAUCCCCAGCAACUUCUGUCACAUACCUUUCCUAUGAAAGGAAAUUUGGAAGGUCUGCAAAGAGUCUUAGAUCAUGAUGCAGUUACUAGCUUAAACAAUUUAACAUCCAUCACUGGAGUAAACUUGCAUUCAAAUAUUUCUGUAGACAGAUUGGAAAAUGAGGAACAGAUUUCUAAAAGUGACCAGUUGGAGAGUUCCUUUGCAAAAAGUUCACUACUCUACAAUCAAAAAACAAGUACUCUGUACACUAAAAAAGACAGUUUUAAUGAAUAUAGGAGUAUCUUUUCUUAUCCUUCGUUGUUAAAUCAAAAUGCAGAUAUAGAUACUUUACAAGCAGAGUGCAUAUUUAAUGCAACUAUGCAGGCCACAACCAAGCUUUCUACAGUAAACAAUUACCAGGAUAAUUAUACUGCUGAGAAAAGCAAUGAAUGCAUUGGCACAAAUAAAAAUUUUAACCAUGGCUCAGAUCCUGAUAAACAUCACUGUAGUCCAGAGAACCUUUAUAAAGGAAGUAAAUGUGGGAAAGUCUUUUAUCAGUGCUCAAAAAGUAUUCAUGGCAGUCCCAGUGUUGACAAGGCUUAUGAAUGUAAAGAAUGUGGUCAGACGUUUAGUCAAAGUUCAAGCCUUAUUCGACACCAGAAAAUUCACAGUGGAGAGAAACCCUACAAAUGUAAAGCAGGUGCCAAAGCCUUUAACAAUAAUUCAUCUCUUACUCAAUAUCAGAAAAUUCAUACUGGAGAGAAGCCCUUUGCAUGUAAUGAGUGUGGUAAAACCUUUUUUGAUGCUUCAAAACUUACUAGACACCAGCAAAUUCACAGUGGAGAGAAACCCUUUCCUUGUAAAGAAUGUGGCAAGGCCUUUAACAAUUAUUCAUACCUUACUGUACACCAGAAAAUUCAUACUGGAGAGAAACCCUUUGCAUGUAAAGAGUGUGGUAAAAGCUUUUUUACUACUACAAAACUUACUCGACACCAGCAAAUUCAUAGUGGAGAGAAACCUUACAAAUGUAAAGAAUGUGGCAAGGCCUUUAACAAUUACUCAUACCUCACUGUACACCAGAAAAUUCAUAGUGAAGAGAAGCCUUACAAAUGUAAUGAAUGUGGCAUGGCCUUUUACAGAAAGUCAAUCCUCACUCGACAUGAGUAUCUUCAUACUGGAAAGAAACCCUUUGUGUGUAAAGACUGUGGUAAAGCCUUUGCUAUGAUUUCAUACCUUGCUGAACACCAGAAAAUUCAUACUGGGGAGAAACCCUUCCAAUGUAAAGAAUGUGGCAAGGCCUUUAAGAGUUAUUCAUACCUUCCUAUACAUCAAAAAAUUCAUCGUGGAGAGAAAUCCUUUGAAUGUAAAGAAUGUGGCAAAAGCUUUUAUACUGCUGCAAAACUUGCUGAACACCAGAAAAUUCAUAGUGUAGAGAAGCCCUACAAAUGUAAAGAAUGUGGCAAGGCCUUUAAAACUUAUUCAUAUCUUACUCUACACCAGAAAAUUCAUAGUGAAGAGAAACCCUACAAAUGUAAAGAGUGUGGUAAAAGCUUUUAUACUGCAGGAAAACUUAAUCAACACCAGAAAAUUCAUAGUGUAGAGAAGCCAUACAAAUGUAAAGAAUGUGGCAAGGUCUUUAAGAAUAAUUCAUCCCUUACUCGACACCAGAAAAUCCAUAGUGGAGAGAAGCCCUUUGCAUGUAAUGAGUGUGGUAAAACCUUUGUCACUAUUUCAAUACUUCAUCGGCAUCAGAAAAUCCAUUCUGGGGAAAAGCCCUUUGAAUGUAAAGAGUGUGGUAAAACCUUUCUUAUUAUUUCAAAUCUUACUCGACACCAAUCUAUUCAUCGUGGAGAAAAGCCAUACAAAUGCAAAGUGUGUGGCAAAGCCUUUAACCAGAGUUCAACCCUCAGUCAACAUCACACGGUUCAUACUACAGAGAAGCCAUACAAAUGUAAAGAGUGUGGCAGAGCCUUUAAAACUACUGUAUGCCUAAAGCAACAUCUCAGAAUUCAUACUGGAGAGAGACCCUAUCAGUGUCAAGAAUGUGGCAAAACCUUCAAGAUGAAUGAACACCUCCGACGUCAUCACACGAUUCAUACCAGAGGGAAGCCCUACAAAUGUAAUGAUAGUAGUCAAGCUUUUAAAGCUCACUCUGUAUUGGACACUAAAGCAGUGAUGAUUGAAAAUGUGGCAAAUCCUGUACCAGGUGUCCCACCCUUACAUAACUUACAUUGGAAGGAAGCACUGAAAAUGUAGUGUGGUAAAACCUUUAGUAUGAUUUAAAACCUUGCUCCACAACAAAUAUUCAUAGUGGAGAGAACCCCCAUAAACAGUGUGUGUAAAAACCUUUAACAAUGAUUUAAUUCUGAAUCAAUGUCAUAGGAUUCAUAUUGGAGUGAAACCCUAAAAAUAUAAAGAAAAUGUCAAAACUUCUGGAGGAUAUUACAACCUUACUGACCUCCAGAGUUCAUUCCGGAGAGAGAACCUACCAAUAUAAAGGAUGUGAUCAAGUCUUUCACAUGUGGUCAGUCCUUAUGUGGUACACCAAAGAACUAAUACUGGAGAGAGGGCUGGGUAAAUGGCUUAGCAGUUAAGGCAUUUGCCUGCGAAGCCUAAGAAUGCUGGUCAGUUCCCUAGUAGCCAUGUAAGCCAGUUGCACAAGGGGGCACAUGCAUCUGGAGCUUGUUUGCAGU